AUGCGACGUUUCUAGAUGUUCCUGAUGAUUUAGGCGGAUUUGCAAUUAUAAAGGAUUAUUUGAGGCUAACAACCUGUUUCAUUUUCGUCGUGGAUAUCAACAAUAUUAACGAUAUUCAGAAAUCAAAUAAGGUCCUAGGCAAUAUUAUAUGGAAACUGAACAACAUUACGCCAUUUCAUGCUGACAAAGUCAUAGUUGUUCCGAAGAAACAAUGGAGUAGAAAAUGUGAAACGCUUCCUAAUACAAUCCGCCCACCGCGUCCCAGAACUGAAAUAUCUACCCUGGCUAUCACAGACGUGAUGCCUUUCAUCAAAGUGGAAAAUGUAUUUGAUCUACAUUUCCUCAAGGACAUUACUCAGUUUGAUAAUUUUGCCGAUCGAAUCAAGAGAGAGGUUCUAUUUGGUGAAGACGAACAAAUGAAGAUCCAUCUUCAAUUCCUGCGUGGACUGGCAUGCAAAGCUAUCAAAAGCAUAUGUGUAAAGGAAGGACUCCUUCAAGCAGACAACUCGAUAUAUGAAGAGAAAAUACAGAAAGUCUCCAAGACAUUGUCUGAUAUUCAGCAAGUAUAUUCUAAAGUAGGUUUUGAUAACACUAAUUCAAUUCAACAUAUUACAUUUCAAUACAGUUAUAGAUAAUUCAAGGAACUUAAUCUAUUCUAAAGAAGGCCUUUGAUAAAGUUACAUG